UCAAAACAUCUUUCAUUUGACAUCAUUUGGAAGAGAUUCUGCUGAGGUUGGCAAAUCGUUUAUUUCACCUCCCAUGCCUCCCCUCCCCAACUAUUUAAGACAUGAUGUAUUGAUACUAAAAAUAGUACACGGAAGAUAGCAAGGAUAAAAGCACGAUAUCAGUUAGARACUUCUAUCACAUGCAAACAACUUUCAUCGCGGAAGGAAGAAGUUGCUUAGUCUCGAGCACGUUUAAUUGAUAAGAUGCGUUACGGAUUUAUCAAUAAAAAUGGACSCUCCGAAGUCCCUCUGGAGAAGAUACAAAUCCAAAGCUCCCUCAAAGGUUUCACAGCCGAAGUGGUCGCKACCAUGGAGUACAAAAACAAUUCUGAUAAUCCCAUAGAAGCCAUGUAUGUGUUUCCAGUCGACGAGGAAGCUGCCGUGUGUGGAUUCCAAGCCACUAUUGAUGGAAGAACUAUCGUAGCUGAGAUCCAAGAAAAGCAAGAAGCCCGAGAUACGUACGACGAUGCCAUCAGUAGUGGACAUWRKGCAUUUCUACUGGAAGAGAGCGACGAGAGUUCGGACAUCUUUCAGAUCAAUGUGGGAAACUUGCCGCCACACCAGUCCGCUAGCAUUGAGCUGACGUUUGUGACUACCCUCAAAGUGGAGAAAGAAGGCAAAAUAGUGUUUGUGCUCCCCACUGUCCUCAAUCCAAGAUAUACUCCAAGUGACUGCAACGCCAGUGUCAGUACCACUAUGGACAGCCUCGCAUCAGUGAGCAGCGAAUAUUCCUUUGAGUUUGAUUAGCAAAUCAGCCAAUGUUGCGUCGAAAUUGACGUCGUUUGUAGCUGUGGACAAACAUAGCAAGAAACCAAUUUCUUAUUCGUUGGCUUCACCUAACUAUCAAGGAACUAUCGAGAACUACAUAUUGUAUAAGAUCGAAAAGAACGCUGUGUUUGAGAGCAUGGAUGCACUUUCUGCGCGGUGCAGCUUGACUAACGAACUUCGAUGCCAAAAAAAGACGAAGGCUUUCCCAAAUCCUUUAUCAUGGUUUGGCAGCUUCUUCAGUUCAUCGACGUCUACAAAAUCUGCAAAAACAAAGAGUUUUGAUGUACUCUGCGACGCCCCACCUACUUACAGUGCUAUGACUGCUACACCAGUUCCAGCGGCGGGAGGGCCCAACACACUGACUAUAACUGAGUCUGCUGGGCCAAGUUUUCUGUCUAGUGAUCUGUUGAAUGAUGAUGAAUCAGACGAGACACCACCUCCAUACGAGGCAGGCGAGACUAUGGCUUCGAAAACACAAAAAAACUGUCUUGAGAUCAUUUCCCUUCAAAAAGCAUCAGGAGCAUGGGAACUUACCGCUGAGCUGGCCAGUAUCUGUGGCUCACUACUGGACGAGCUCAAACAAAGGUGUCCAUCCCAGCUAACCACAGGAGACAAGGAUAGUCUGUGGGCUACGGCCUUGGCGUUAGCUUGUCUUAAUGCAAAGUUUUCUCAUCAAAAAAAUGAAUGGGAGAUGGUUGCAGAAAAGGCGAACAAGUGGCUGAAGAAAAAAUUGCCCGAAGAUAUCUUAAGCUUUGAUGAAAUCAUGGAAAAGGCGGCCGGCGCAUUGGAGAUUUGUAUAUGUUUUGAUGUCAUUAAGGUUCUCCAGAAUGCCCUCCAGCCAGCCCUUCUUGACUGCGAAGUGACUUGGGAUCUUCCAGAAGGGUGCAGUGUGGAGACUAUCCCAAAAGAACUACCACCCAUCUUCAGUGGCAACAGUCUUAUCAUAUAUGGUUUGGUGUCUGGUGAUUCAAGUAUCAAGGGAUCCGUCACUGUUAGCGGUUUAUUGGCAGUCGGAUCGACAAAUAGAAACAUCAAGCACAAAGUCAGUCUGGAAGCCCUUAAUUCAAACGACAAUAGCUACCUCCUUCAUCGUCUUGCAGCAAAAACCCUCAUCAAGGAGAAACAAGACGCUGACAUUUAUUCUAACRCUGAUCUUGAGGACAUCAUAGUAAAAGUUAGCAAAUCAGCCAAUGUUGCGUCGAAAUUGACGUCGUUUGUAGCUGUGGACAAAGAGAAUAAGAAACCAAUAUUGUCUCCUUUAAAAAAGCCGAAACGGGGUCAGUGUUGUUAUGAUGCGUCUAGUGAUGAUGAUGACCUUUAURAUGACAUCGGUGCAGCUGCACCGAGAAGUAUGAAGAUGGCGAGUUUUGGUUUGUCGGAUCUUGACUGUGACUACGACUGUGCUACUGCAUCAUUGCCUGUACGUCGCCAUGCGAUGGGCUUGCCUCGGAGAGCAGCACCAAUGAAAAAAGGUUUUUCUUUUAACCCAUUUUCAGGAUUCUUCAAAAGUAAAUCUCUGAGAAAGAAAGCUUGUGAACCCUUGUAUCAGACGAGAUCUAGAUCCAAAGGAACGAAAGAAACUAAUGAAUACGAUCCAACCAUCGAAGAUUGUUUCUCUAGUGACCUCUAUUAUGACAUGGAGAUUGAAGAAGCGUAUAAUCUGAAAGACGCUCGUGAGGACUUCCCUCAAGGCAACACCAUGGCUUCAACAACGCAAAAAAGUUAUCUUGAGAUAGUUUCUAUUCAAAAAGCUUCAGGGGCGUGGGAACUUACUGCCGAGUUAGCUAGUAUCUGUGGGACCCAAUUGGACGACCUCAGGAAAACUUGUCCAUCACAGCUGCCUACRGGAGACAAGGAUACUCUGUGGGCUACGGCCUUGGCUUUAGCUUGUCUUAAUGGAAAGUUCCCAAAUCAAAAAGAUGAAUGGAAGAUGGUUGCAUCGAAGGGAACCAAGUGGUUGAAKAAACAUUUGCCCAAGGAUAUCUUAAGCUUUGAUGAAAUUAUGAAAAUGGCUGCUAGUGUCUUGAGCGUUUAUCCUGAAGUUCUCAAGAAUGCCCUCCAGCCUGCUCUUCUCGACUGUGAAGUGUCUUGGGAUCUUUCAGAAGGAUGCAGUGUCGAAACUAUCCCACACGUACUACCACCCAUCUUCAGUGGUAACAGUCUUAUCGUAUAUGGCUUGGUGUCUGGUAAUGCAAGUGUCAAGGGGUAUGUCACUGUCAGCGGUGAUUUGGCAGUGGGAUCGCCAGAUAGAAAAAUCAAGCACAAAGUCGGUCUGGACGGCCUUAAUUCUACCAACGACAGCAAGCUUCUUCAUCGACUGGCUGCAAAAACCUUCAUCCAAGAGAAGCAAGACGCCGAUAACGAUGCCACAAGGGAGAACAUCAUGAAAAUGAGCAAAUCAGCCCACAUUGCAUCGAAACUGACAUCGUUUGUUGCGGUGGACCAAGAAAGCAAGCAGCCUGUUGCUGCAUCACUUGGUGCAUCGAGACAUCAGGCGAGCACGUCAUGGGGUACUCAAGGGUACUUAUCUUUUGACGCGACCUUAGGUGGUAUCCCUAUGGGUAUGUUAAGGAAAGGAAAGAAAAUGAAAUGUUUUUCAGAUAAACUAGGCGCUGCUAUGAAAUCUAAAUCCAAAAGAAGAUCGAAAAAAGCGAAUGAUCACGAGCAAGGAAUGGUUCUUGGUGCCAGUGAUAAUUAUGGCGAGAUCGAGGGAAGUUUUGCGCGUUCUAAGGGCCGCACUAUGGCUUCGAAAACGCAAAAAWGUUGUCUUGAGAUCGUUUCUCUCCAAAAAGCUUCAGGGGCGUGGGAACUUACUGCCGAGUUAGCCAGUAUCUGUGGAACCCAGUUGGACGAGUUCAGGAAAACUUGCCCAUCGCAGCUACCUACAGGAGACAAGGAUACUCUGUGGGCUACGGCCUUGGCGUUAGCCUGUCUUAAUGGAAAGUUCCCAAAUCAAAAAGAUGAAUGGGAGAUGGUUGCAACAAAGGGAACCAAGUGGUUGAAGAAAAAUUUACCAAAAGAUGGUUUAACCCUAGAUGAAAUUUUGGAAAUGGCCGCUGUUAUAUUGAGAGUCAUUAAGGUUCUCAAGAAUGCCCUCCAGCCUACCCUUCUUGACUGCAAAGUGACUUGGGACCUUCCAGAAGGAUGCAGUGUCGAAACUAUCCCACACGUACCACCACCCAUCUUCAGUGGUAACAGUCUUAUCGUAUAUGGCUUGGUGUCUGGYAAUGCAAGUGUCAAGGGGUGUGUCAAUGUCAGCGGUGCUUCGGCAGAGGGAUCAACAGAUAGAAAAAUCAAGCACAAAGUCGGUCUGGACGGCCUUAAUUCUACCAACGACAGCAAGCUUCUUCAUCGACUGGCUGCAAAAACCUUCAUCCAAGAGAAGCAAGACGCCGAUAACGAUGCUACAAGGGAGAACAUCAUGAAAAUGAGCAAAUCAGCCCACAUUGCAUCGAAACUGACAUCGUUUGUUGCGGUGGACCAAGAAAGCAAGCAGCCUGUUGCUGCAUCACUUGUUGCACCGAGACAUCAGUACGUAUACCGAGCACGAAAAAGACAUCGUCCAAAAACUCUAUCAAGAAGAUCGAAACGAAUAAAACUAGAUAAAAUUGAUUACGGACAUUACGACAGUAGUAAUCUACCAGGAAUGGUAGAUUACUGUAUUGAUAGUCCCUAUUAUGGAGGAGCAGAGGUCGGGGCAGCAUCCUUCUGCCACGAGUUCAGCGUCCCUCAUGGCGACCCUGAUGACGACCCAGGAAUUGAAGAAUACGAUUGCUGUACGAUGAGUGAUCACUAUGAUUAUGGCUCAGCAGAGAUCGGGGCAGCGUCCUUUCAAGUACCUUGUAAGGGCGUCCAUCAAGGCAACACCAUGGCUUCAAUAACGCAAAAAAGUUGUCUUGAGAUCGUUUCCCUCCAAAAAGCUUCAGGGGCGUGGGAACUUACUAGAGAGUUGGCCAGUAUCUGUGGGACCCAAUUGGACGACCUCAGGAAAACUUGUCCAUCACAGCUAACUACAGGAGACAAGGAUACUCUGUGGGCUACGGCCUUGGCUUUAGCUUGUCUUAAUGGAAAGUUCCCAAAUCAAAAAGAUGAAUGGGAAAUGGUUGCAGCAAAGGGAACCAACUGGCUGAAGAAAAAUUUACCAAAGGAUGGUUUAACCUUUGAUGAAAUUUUGGAAAUGGCGGCCGUUGUUUUGGGAGUUUAGUCGAGAUGCUGUGAACCAAAAGUUAAAUAGUGGCUUCUUCAAGAACAUAUCAAAUGUAUAGACAUAAUCAUUUUAUUUUAUUUUAUUAUUUUACUGAACACCUCGGUGUUACACGAUUUAUUUGUCAGUGCAGUUGAAUCUCCAGUGACCGGACAUCCAAGGGUUGACAAGGGAAACGAAAAAAUGUCCGUUGGUAGAGCUGUCCGCAUAAUAGAAAGUGUGAACACAGUAUGUUUAUUAUGUGGAAGAAAUAUGAAAUCGGGUUUUUAGAAAACUGUCCGUAAUUAGAGCUGUCCGCUUACGAGAACGUCGUCCGCAAAUGGAGAUUACACUACAUUUCAAACUUAUGAUUUUGGCGAAAACAAAACAUUAAUUUAAGUCAGCUUUUCUACUGUAGACACAUUUUGAAAAAAUUACAG